AUGUCAGAAAAGAGACCGGCCGCCGACCAGGGACAGCUAGUGGUGAAGCGGCAGAAUGUGGGCACGAGUCGCGCUCUCACCCGCCAGGGCGCGUCGGGGAGCGGCGCACUCAUCCAGACGGCCCCGAGAACAAGCGCGUUGCAGGCACCAUUGAUGGAGUUGUCGGGACACUCAGGGGAGAUCUUCACGGCCAAGUUCGACCCGACGGGGAACCUUAUUGCAUCCGGGUCGAUGGACAGGACAAUAAUGCUUUGGCGAACAUACGGCGACUGCGAAAACUACGGCGUGCUCAGCGGCCACCGCGGCGCCAUCCUCGACCUCCAAUGGUCUCGCGACUCCGAUAUUCUCUUCUCGGCCUCCGCCGAUACGCAUCUCGCGAGCUGGGACCUCACGUCAGGAGAGAGGAUACGGCGGUACGUUGGGCACGAGGAGAUUGUCAACUCGAUGGACAUUAGCAGGCGCGGCGAGGAGCUGUUGAUCAGCGGGAGCGACGACGGGACGAUUGGCAUCUGGGACCCGAGGACAAAGAAUGCCGUUGAUUACAUCGAGACCGAGUUCCCCAUCACGGCCGUGGCCAUCUCUGAGGCCGGUAACGAGAUUUAUUCGGGCGGCAUCGACAAUGACAUUAAGGUGUGGGAUAUCAGGAAGAAGGCGCUGGUUCACUCGAUGCUGGGACACACGGACACAAUCACUUCGUUGAGGGUAUCGCCGGACGGCCAGCAGCUGCUCUCGUAUGCGAUGGAUUCGACGGCGAGGACGUGGGAUAUUCGGCCAUUCGCCCCAGCCGAGCGGCACAUCCGCACGUUUGACGGUGCACCGCUGGGGCUAGAGAAGAACUUGAUCAGCGGGAGCUGGGAUUCGGACGGCAAGAAGAUUGGCGUUGGCGCUGGUGACGGCACUGUUGUUAUCUGGGGUAGCGAUACCGGAAAGCUGCUGUACAAGCUGCCCGGGCACAAAGGCACGGUGAACUGCGCCGAAUUUGCGCCGGGUGAUGCCCCUCUAAGUUGGUACUCCCGAUUCCUGCCCCCAUGUGAUUUUACUGACUGA